AUGAGGAUAUCAGAAAAACUUCUCACCGCUGUUUUCCUCUACCUCUUCAUCUUCACAGCACCAUCCACAGCGCAUAUCGUAUCUCUGAAUCUCCAAUCCAAUAACCGACAAAUGAUCCCUUUAUCGGAUUUCGAAUUUACAAAUGCAGGUUAUGUUUCCUUCGUGUUCACCUCCAUCGCAGUCACCUCCACCUCAUCACCUACUAAUGCAUCACGUAUAGGUUUCUUCCUUCAAUCACAUGAUUAUGAUUUCUACCUCCAUUCGCUUGAAACAAGAAACCAAGACAUCUUCGAAUUCCAACAGAACGCUACUAUCUGUCCCUUGGAUUUCAAAUCAAACUCAUCAGUCCUCUUUACUUUCCAAAAUCUUUCUCAUGAUACUAAGCUUUCCUUCAACAAAUCGUUCCCUGUAACAUAUUCCGGUAUCAACUCACUCUUCUUCAUCAACUGCAACAACGAAUCCCUCGUGACAAUCGAGGGUCAUGCAGAGCUUUACAACAUCGAUGAUGGCAAUGGCAAUGGCACUACCAAAAACUUUUUAUCAGCCGGGCUAACACAACUCCCGUUUCUGUACAUCAUCUUCUCCUUCAUUUACUUAAGUUCUCUAGGGUUAUGGAUCUUAGUAUGCUUCAAGAACAGGAGAAUCUUUAACAGGACCCAUUUACUAAUGGGUGGGCUGCUUCUUGUGAAUUGUGUUCACUUUAUAUGUGUUGCUGCGGAUCUACAUCACGUGAAGAUUACAGGAACUGCUCAUGGAUUGGAUAUCGUGUUUUACGUAUUUCAGCUAACGAGGGCUGUUCUUUUGUCCACCGUGAUCGUGUUGAUUGGUGCAGGAUGGUUUUUCUGGAAGCCAUUUUUGAAACGAGAGGAAAAACUGGUUUUGAUGAUUGUGAUCGUGCUUGAGGUUUGGGGUAAUGUAGAUCCGAUAUUGCCAUGGGAAGCUGCUGUACCUUAUAAUAAAGAAAACGGGUCACUCGCAGAUGUCAUCUACUGCUUUGCUAUUUACUUCUCCAUAGCGUUGUCGAGUAUCUUGUUGGAUGAGAUUCGUGAGACUGAUUUGAAUGGUGAUCGGAAUAAGUUGUGGUUAUUUAUGAUGUUGACUAUUGUGUAUGUGCUCAGUACGAAGCUGUUUCUUCUUGCAUUGUCGACACGGUGGGAGGUUUAUGUGGUAAAGGAGACCACCAUUGUUGUGUUUUGUAUGUCGAUUCUUUACAUUUUCAGGCCAGUUGAUAGGGCGAGGAUCACAAAUGCUGUGGAGACUACUGGGCUUUCAACUUCCAACUCGAUUUCUUGUUUUUAUAGUCCUGUCUAG